AUGGCAAGUGUUUCAUGCAGUGAUUUUACUUCAACUCAUCCAGUCCAAAAUGAACAUGAGGUUUACGAUUUAAUGAAAAGUCUAAAGAAAUCUGAAGUUCCAGUAGUUCCAACUAAAAAACAUGUUCAGAGGCCGUCAUUCGUGCAUAAACGAGAUAAAAUUACGAAAUUAUUAGUAAAAAAAGGAGUAAUUGUUGAAACUAGUUUUUUAUUUAUAAGUCCACUCUACUAUGCUGUUCGAGUUGGCGAUAUUAAACUAGUCAAGAUGAUGCUUAUUUUUAAAGGCGCAGAUGUUAACAGUUCAAGACGAAAAGGCACUUCUCCACUACACGUGGCAGCAUGGCGUGGACAUCACAAAAUUUUUAAACUUCUGAUCCAAAAUAGAGCACGUGUAGAUUCUGCUUUUACUCGACCAAUUAAAAAUGGAUUUACACCGCUACAUCUUGCAUGUUUAAAUAAUAAAGUUAAGUGUGUAAAAGUUCUUUUAAAAUAUGGUGCAAGUGUUACCCCAAAAUGUGAAAAUAUUUACCAUCCAAUCCACAUUACGGUGUUUAACAACUAUGUUGAAGUAACGAAAUUGCUUUUGGACAAUAGCGCAGAUGUUAAUUUACGAUUUAAUAAUGAAUUCUUUAAUAAAAAAUGGAAGAAUACAAGUUUUUGGAAGGACAUGGAUUUAACGCUGUUACUUUGUUCGAUUGCUCGAAAAUACACAGACAUGACAAAAUUAUUAUUAAAGUGUGGAGCUGACAUUCAUUUAAAAACAAAGAAAGAUAAAACAUCAUUGAUUUACGCUGUUCAAGCAAGUGAUCCCGAGUUGGUUGAAUCAUUUUUGGCGAAAGGAGCGAAUCCUAACGAUCGAGAUCUUUAUGGUGAACCAGUAUUAUUUUACCUUAUCUUCAAUGCCAAUAUGCAUCCAACUUCUUAUAAUAAAGAAGAAUUAGAUUUGAAGGAUGAAAAAAUAAAAAUAUUGCAACUUCUAAUUGACGCUGGAGGAUGA